UAGGCCUGCCUGAGUGCGCGCGCGAGCGAGGGAGCGAGCAGCAAGUAGCAGCAGCAGCAGCAAUCACAGUGAGUUCCGUGUUUGUGUCCGAGCGUCGCGUGCUGAUCUCAGCCGCAUGAUACACCGAGUUACACACAGGACCCAGGCCGAGUGAGAGCGUCUCAGAGUCGGGGGAGAGGCGACCAGACCAGCGGCUCCACAGCACGCUCUGAUGCUGCCCGUUACCCUGUGACACCUGCUUGAGGAGACUGCAAUCCCCCUGACACACGCAAUGUCUGAGCUACAGACACCAUGGCCGCCGGGCACAGAGUGUGUGGCUAAGUAUAACUUCCAGGGCACCGCAGAGCAGGAUCUGCCCUUCUGUAGAGGAGACGUCCUGAGCAUCAUCGGUGUCACUAAGGACCCUAACUGGUACAAAGCGAAGAACACUGUGGGGAGGGAGGGGACGAUCCCGGCCAACUACGUGCAGAAACGUGAGGGAGUGAAGUCUGGAGGGAAACUGAGCCUGAUGCCAUGGUUCCACGGUAAGAUUACGCGGGACCAGGCUGAGCGAUUGCUUUACCCUCCAGAGACAGGGCUCUACCUGGUGCGUGAGAGCACCAACUACCCUGGUGACUACACGCUGUGUGUAAGCUGCGAGGGAAAGGUGGAGCAUUACCGCAUUAUCUACCACAACGGCAAACUCUCCAUCGAUGAAGAGGAGUACUUUGAGAAUCUCAUGCAGCUGGUGGAGCAUUACACCAAAGACGCUGAUGGCCUGUGUACUCGAUUGAUUAAGCCAAAGCUCAUGGAGGGAACAGUAGCAGCACAGGACGAGUUCUCCAGGAGUGGCUGGGCUCUCAACAGAAAGGACCUAAAACUCAUUCAGGCCAUCGGCAAAGGAGAGUUUGGAGAUGUAAUGGUGGGAGACUACAGAGGGACCAAGGUGGCAGUGAAGUGCAUCAAGCACGAUGCCACGGCACAGGCCUUCAUCGCCGAGGCUUCAGUCAUGACGCAACUGAGGCACAAUAACCUGGUACAGCUGCUGGGAGUGAUCGUGGAGGAGAGGGGCAGCCUCUUUAUCGUCACCGAGUACAUGGCAAAGGGGAGUCUAGUGGACUACCUGCGCUCGCGGGGGCGCACUGUGCUCGGAGUCGAGUGCCUGCUCAAAUUUUCACUUGAUGUGUGUGAGGCGAUGGAGUACCUCGAGGCCAAUAAUUUUGUGCACAGGGACCUCGCAGCACGGAACGUUCUGGUAUCCGAUGACAAUAUCGCUAAAGUGAGCGACUUCGGUCUGACCAAGGAAGCGUCGUCCACGCAGGACACGGCCAAGUUGCCUGUUAAAUGGACGUCACCCGAGGCACUUCGAGCGAAGAGGUUUUCCACCAAGUCGGACGUAUGGAGUUACGGCGUCCUGCUUUGGGAGAUCUACUCCUUCGGGCGUGUGCCUUACCCCAAAAUUCCUCUCAAGGACGUGGUGCCGCGGGUAGAGAAGGGCUACAAGAUGGACGCGCCAGACGGCUGCCCCGCCGUAGUGUACGACCUCAUGAAGCAGUGCUGGACCCUGGACCCGGUGAUGCGGCCCUCGUUCCGCAUGCUGAGUGAGAAGCUGCAGCACAUCAGAGCUAAAGAACUCUACCUGUAAAGCGGAGGAGGGACGAUACCAUGCCUACUUUUUUUUGUCUGUUUUUUUUUUUUUUUUUUUUAACCCAUGAGGAGGAGGUGGGGGAGACGGAUAGAGACGCAGCAGGCGCUUGCCUCAUCUAGCGGCGUCUCAGGCUCCAGCUUGUCCUUUCAUUUGUCUUUUUUUUUUUUUUUGUACUGUUAAUCUGGACACACUCGUACUGUGUUUCUGUGGGGAGUGGAAGCUUAUUAGAUGUACUGUGCCCUUUUUUUUUGCCUUUUUUUAUUACACCAUGCUGACAUUUUUUGCCUAAAAGUAUUUGCCCCCUUCUGCCUCCCUCCCUUUUUCUCUCUCCCUCUCUCUGUCCUUCUCUAUCUCUCUCUAUGUUUCCAUGACUUAAACAGGAGCAAGGCUGGCCUUUUUUCCAUCGUUUUUGUCAUUGCGUUGCUUUCUCCCUUCCUAUCUUUCUCUUUCUUUAAACCCCCUGUUUGUCUCUUUCUCUAAAUCUUCAGCGUUCUAGCUGCAUGCAUCUCCUCCAUGCUGUAUGUGGUAUGUGUUCGAGUGUGUGUGCGCGGCGUACGCUUUGUGCCUGAGUGCCUCCAGAUGGCAGGACCGAUGCCUCUCACGUCCCCCUUUUCUGCCACACGGACUUGUUUUUGUUUUUAUUCAUUUUUUUUAUUCUUUUUUUUUUUUUAAUGAUUGUCUUUUUUCUGUCGUUGUUGAUUUGUUUGUUGUGUUUAUUUGCUGUCUCCUCACGUCAAUCAACACCUGACCUGGGACAAGUGCAAAGAGCUGGAACGGUGCACACAUUCUCACACACACACAUAAUUAUGUACACACACACACAAAACACAUUUACACAUGCAUUUCCCAGUAGAGCUCAAACUGCGCCAGCUAAAACAGGACACACAAAGCAGUUUACCCAUAAACCCUCGGGAUGCGGGGGCGGAUGGAUCCGAGUACGGUAGAACUCUUCAUGCGUGAGCUUGUUUUAUAUUAAAAUGUAUUUAAAGGACUUGAAAUAAGAGGAAAACCUGAAAAAAGGCAACGACGACUCAACUGACAGACGUGCUGAGGUGAUGAGACGAGUGAGCAAGCAAGAUAAAGAAAGACCUGGGGUUAAUCUGUCAGUGCUUUCAAUGUUCAUUGUUUGAUUAUGCUGCCAUGAUUAUGAAUAAAUCAUUCCAUCAGA